GGCAUAAAGCAUGCUUCCACUGCGAGACCUGCAAGAUGACGCUCAACAUGAAGAACUACAAAGGCUACGAGAAGAAGCCCUACUGCAAUGCACACUACCCAAAGCAGUCCUUCACCAUGGUGGCCGACACCCCGGAAAACCUCCGUCUCAAGCAGCAGAGCGAGCUCCAGAGUCAGGUUCGCUACAAGGAAGAGUUUGAGAAGAACAAGGGCAAAGGCUUCAGCGUGGUGGCGGACACACCGGAACUCCAGAGAAUCAAGAAGACCCAGGACCAGAUCAGUAACAUCAAGUACCACGAGGAGUUUGAGAAGAGCCGCAUGGGCCCCAGUGGGGGUGAGGGCACGGAGCCUGAGCGCAGGGACUCCCAUGACGGCGGCAGCUACCGGCGGCCCCAAGAGCAGCAGCCGCCACACCACAUCCCGACCAGCGCCCCAGUGUACCAGCAGCCGCAGCAGCCGCCCCUGGCCCAGUCCUACGGUGGUUACAAGGAGCACGCAGCCCCGGGCUCUGUACAGCGCAGCGCCCCAGGCGGGGGCGGGAAGCGGUACCGCGCCGUGUACGACUACAGCGCGGCCGACGAAGACGAGGUCUCCUUCCAAGACGGAGACACCAUCGUCAACGUGCAGCAGAUCGACGACGGCUGGAUGUAUGGGACCGUGGAGCGCACCGGCGACACAGGCAUGCUGCCUGCCAACUACGUGGAGGCCAUCUGAGCCCGGCCGGCUGGUGGCACCCCUGCCCCACCCUCCCAUCUUCAGCGCAUUCCACAGCAUCGCAUCUGUCCUGAGGCCGGCUCCGUCCCAUCUGUCCGUCCCUUGGGAGUCUCAGUUUUGUUUUGUUGUUUUCAGUCUGUGACAGCUUGUUUCUUCCACCUCCUUCCCAGCUUCUUUCGCCAACUGCAGCCUCGCUCUGCCUCCCUCUGGGGCUCCAUCCUCUGGCUGGGGUCCCCCUUGACCAUCCUCUGGGCUUUCUCUCUGCGGAGGGCGGGCGUUGCCUGUAGGGCUGGGCUGCGAUGGGUGGCAAGCCUCCGCCCCUGCCCCCAGCCUCUGCUGUCCACCCCCUGACGCACCCAAACAUUCUGGGACCAAGUUGAGCACCCGGAUCCCCAUGGUGGGGAGUGGGGUCCAGCCCUGGGGGCGGGGACAGGGCUGCUGUUGUGUAGUGACCUGCGUGAUGGGCUUUUCCUCUGCCUCUCAAAGAUAGGGCUGCCAGGGACACCCCAGGGCUUCCUCCUGGCCCUCUCCCCCUCCCUCUCUCAAGGACAAUAAAAGGGGGGAGUAAAGCUCCUGAGUUGAGGUUCAUCAACACUCCCCCUCACACACACACAUGUGGUCUUCUCACUGUGAAUUCUGCCCUCCUGCCCAUGCAGACCUGGCAGAGGCCAAGAGCAGGCACGGCUCCUGUUCUUGCCUUUCGUGAUGCUGGGAGAGCUGUGAGGGAGGAGGGGCAUAGGGGGUUCCCUCCCACAGCGCUUUUCCCUCCUCACCCCCCAGGCUUCGGGGUCCCCUGGUUCUUUGGAGGAAACCCAGAGUCUUAACAGGUGGGCAAGGAAGCCUUGGGGUCCCUCUGCUCCUGCAUUUCCCCCUGUGAUCUGGCUCAGCUGGGCUGCUCCUCCGGACCCCCAUGGGAAGAUGCCUUCCAUAACCUUCCCUCCCGGCCCAAAGCCAAAUGGGCAAAGCCAGCAGGAACCUGUGUGUCUCCUGGGCACGGCCUGCGUGGAAGAGGGAGCGUGCGUGUCUCUUAAGUGUGUGUGUGUGUGUGUGUGUGUAUCCCUGGAACCAUCUUCCACUGAUGCUUUCUUCCAAACCCUCAGUGGGAGCAGAGGACCCUGGGAGAGCCUGGUUCCUUCUGUGUUGAGUUGAAAUCCUUCCCUUUCCUCUUGGGCAUCUCCCUCUGGGGGUCUCUCCCCUCAGGCCCCCUCCCCUUGGAACAGAGGGGGGUCCCAGGGCUACAUAACUGGAAGCCCGGGCUCCAGGAGGGGAAGGAAGUGGCGGUGCUAUUUCCAGGUUCCUUCCCUCGCUCAUCGGCAGCUGUGUCAGCCCUUGCCUGGCUGUAUUCAUCUCUGGUCCUUCCCGCCACCCUUCUGCGCCCUCCCCCCCACACUGUCAUCUCCCUGUGAUAGCCCAGCCGCGUCCCACAGUGGGCAGUUUGCCCCUUUGUGUACUUGUUCCCUGCAGGCCUUUGGGGAGGUGGGGGACCUGAACGUGUGGCGGGGCAUGUUCAACCAAGCUGUCACGGGUGGUUUUAUCAACUGCUUGUUCGCUGAUUCGGGGGAUAUUUUCCUCAAAUCUGCGGGGUGAGAAAGGGACUGCCUGGGGGAGCAGCUGCUGCCUGACCACCCUCCUUUUCCUUUUGAGGUGGGAGGUAGAAGCAGGAGGGGUGCCUGGUAUUUGGGGCAGCUUGGGAGCGAGGGACGCAGAGAGGCUCUGAUCUGUGGUCGCGGGAGCCUUGGGGAAGGCAGAUCCAGUCCGUUGCUUCUUAAUCUUAAAGCACAAUGUAGGUUCUGGGACCAAAGGUCAGGGACACAUUUGUCAGGAGAAUCUGAGGUUGGAAGGGUAGUGAUUCGGGGAGAGGCUCUACCUCCCCUCACGAGGGAGGACUUGGAGGACAGGAAGCACCCCAUUUUCGUUACGCCAAAUUUACCUUCCGAAACAGGUCAAGGCCUCUGGAAUCUUGCUGCCUGCCCUUGUACUCCCCCUACCCUAAAAACAGAGGGGACGUUUUCUUACGCACCCCCCAGAGAGAGGAGGGGCCAUCCCACUGGUGCUGAGGGACCCAGGGGCUGCUGGGAGCCCUUGCUCCUUUCCAGAACGUUCCACCCCUAAAAGCACAGAAGCCUGAGGCCUGGGCUGAGUCCCUGCUGUUCUGACAGCACAGAGGUCUUUUGGUCAGUGUAAUCCCAGGAGGGAAGGUGCGUCAAAGCUAGGAGUGACUGUCAGGUCAGUGGACCAAUAAGAAAAUCCAAGAAAGCCAGUGGGAGCCAUGGGGGUUCUCCCAGCAGGACUCCCGGUUCUCUCCCUCACGUCCUCCAGGGAAAACGACUUUAUGGCUUAAUUUCUGCCUUUUCCCUUCACGUGCACUUUUGGGCCCCUCCCCCCUUUUUAUUUUCAAUCGCUGGAAGAGAAAACACACAACUACCACCCCACAAACCUGUAUUUAAAACAGAAAUGAUCAUAUGAAAUUUGCCUCUGUCCGAACAUUUCACUGUGUGUGUGUGUAUGUGUGUGCGUGCUCUCCCGUGACGCCACCGUCCAUUCAUCUUUUUAUAAGGGAUUGUUGUCUUCUUUGGUCUGUUUUGGUCCCCACCCCCACCCCCACCCUCCCUAUGGGCUUGUCUUCGGGAUCACAUCUCUCUGGCCUGUUUAUUCUGAACACUUGACUUGAACCACAAGUGAAUCUUUCUCCUGGUGACUCAAAUAAAAAUAUAAUUUUUACCUGCUGA